UUAGGGAGGAGCGCAGCGUCUCGGCUCCGCUCAGAGUGCACCACAUUUCACUCUGAACAGCCACCGCACCUCAACACACGACGACAUCGCUUAACGGAAACAAGUGAUAGACGUUAUCCCCCCUUUAUCUCACCCUUCCGUCAGCUCUCCGUUUCCUCUUCGUUAGCCCUGCAUGAGCCACUGCGCUUGGAAUCAUUUGGAUCCGCUUUUUACGCACAGUCUUUCUGCCUCUUUCUUUGGGAUUAUAUCCCUGCGGAGCUGAUUCAUGAGAAAAGCAUCUAUCCGUUUUUGAGGUCUGUGAAGAAUCUGGCAUUUGAUUCUUUUUCCAGUAAUCCAAGGAGUGCGUCUUCAGUUCAGGAAUGAUGCUUCUCCGAGGAUGCCACUUUGCCCUGACCCUUUGGUUCAUGUGUGCCGUCGCCGUGGAGCCAGGUAUGUUAGAUGGACAGGUGGAGGACGAAACUGUGUUUGACCUGUUCGAACGCAGCGGGAUCACAAGGAAGACCAUUGGGGUGAAGCUCUUCAGAGGCCUCCUGCCUGACUCCCCGGCUUACCGCUUCAUCCGUUUUGACAUGCUGCCCUCUGUGAGCCCAGAGGCCCUGCAGCAACUUCUACUGCAGAUCCAGAACAAUGAGGGUUUCAUUUUGACGGCGACGCUGCGCCAGGACCGCACAUCCCGAGGCACCAUCAUGGCCCUGGAAGGCCCCAGUGGGCGCAGGCAGUUUGAGGUUGUGUCUGACGGACGCACCAACACGCUGGACCUGGUGUACUGGUGGGCAGACGGCUCACGCAACAUCAUAUCCUUCGAGGACGUUGACCUGUCGGACUCGCAGUGGAAGAAUGUCACGCUGCAUGUGCAUGGCGAGACAGCAACCCUGUACGUGAACUGUGGACUGAUCGACAGCUUCAUUCUGGACGAGCCUUUCUAUGAGCACCUUAGUGCCCCUGGUGGACGCAUGUUUGUGGCCAAGGGUUCCAGCCGUGAGACGCACUUCAGGGGCUUGCUGCAGAACGUGCAGUUCAUUUUCGACACCCCUCUUGAGGACGUGUUGGAGAACCGGGGCUGUGAGCUGGCAAACCCAGAGGAGGACAAUACAGUGAGUGAAAGUGCUGAACAGGUGGAUGUUCCUUCCUCCAUCGCCACGAACCUGAUUGGUCAAAACCCGGAACCCCCGGCCACUAGCUCCUCAGAGCUGAUGUGUGAGCGAUCUUGUGAGGAGCUGGCCAAUCUCUUUGAGGAGCUCAAAGGCUUGCGUGUUGUUGUCAGCAACCUCAUUGAUGGCUUACAGAAAGUGACGGAGGAGAAUACUGCGAUGCGGGAGGCCCUCAAUAAGAUGCAGGACCCGGUGGAGCAGAGCAUGUGCUGGCAGGAUGGACGGAUGUUUGAGAAUAAGGAGGACUGGAUUGUGGACAGCUGUACCAAGUGCACAUGUCAGGAGGGGAAAGUGGUGUGUCGGCAGAUUACCUGCCCUCCGGUGGCUUGUGCAAAUCCCUCCUUCAUCGAUGGGGAGUGCUGUCCAGUUUGCCUUCCAAUGGACAGUGAAGAUGGCUGGUCUCCAUGGUCUGAGUGGACCCAGUGUACAGUCACCUGCGGCAGCGGUACACAGCAAAGAGGCCGAUCGUGUGACGACACCAGCAACACAUGUUCUGGCCCCUCCAUCCAGACUCGCCGGUGCAGCCUGGGAAAAUGUGACCGGAGAGUUCGUCAGGAUGGUGGCUGGAGUCUGUGGUCUCCAUGGUCCUCAUGCUCUGUGACAUGUGGGGAGGGAGUGAUCACUCGAAUCCGUCACUGCAACGCACCUAUUCCUCAGCGAGGAGGCAAAGAUUGCGAGGGUGAAGGAAGAGAGACGCAGAGCUGCCAGACUGAGCCUUGCCCAAUUGAUGGUGGUUGGGGCCCAUGGUCACCGUGGGCAACCUGCUCAGCAACAUGCGGUGGUGGUCUGAAGAGUCGUGAGAGGGAGUGUAACAGCCCCGCACCUCAGCAUGGGGGCAGGAAGUGUAUGGGAGAUUCUAUCGACAAUGAAGUCUGCAACAAACAGGGCUGCCCUAUCAAUGGCUGCCUUUCCAACCCGUGCUUUGCUGGAGUGGAGUGCAGCACUGCCUCUGACGGCUCCUGGGAGUGCGGACCCUGUCCAUCAGGCUACCGUGGAAAUGGAACCUCCUGUGAAGACGUGAAUGAGUGUGAUAUGGUGUCAGAUGUGUGUCAUAAGGUGGGUGGGCUGCAACAGUGCGUGAAUACAGAUCCAGGAUUCCACUGUCUGCCCUGCCCCCCGCGCUACAAAGGCACGCAGCCCUACGGCAUGGGAGUGGAGGCAGCUAAAACCAACAAACAGGUAUGUGAGCCUUACAACCCAUGUAAGGACAACACCCACAGCUGCCAUAAGCAUGCUGAGUGUAUUUUCCUGAGCCAUGUCACUGAGCCCAUGUACAAGUGUGAGUGCCGUAUCGGCUACGCUGGAGAUGGCAUCAUCUGUGGAGAGGACUUUGACCUGGACGGAUGGCCCAAUCAGGAUCUGGUGUGUGGAGCCAAUGCCACCUACCACUGCAAAAAGGACAAUUGUCCUACCCUUCCCAACUCUGGUCAAGAAGACUUUGACAAUGAUGGACAAGGAGAUGCUUGUGAUAAGGAUGAUGACAAUGAUGACAUUGUGGAUGAAAGGGACAACUGUCCCUUGAUGUACAACCCCCGCCAGUAUGACUAUGAUAAGGAUGCAGUGGGAGAUCGAUGUGAUAACUGCCCAUAUGAGCACAACCCUGCUCAGACUGAUACGGACAACAAUGGGGAGGGAGACGCCUGUUCUGUUGACAUUGAUGGAGAUGAAAUUCUGAAUGAGAACGAUAACUGUCCCCUUAUUUACAACACUGACCAGAAAGACACAGAUUUGGAUGGUGUUGGGGACCAGUGUGACAACUGUCCCCUUGUCCACAACCCACAGCAGACUGAUGUGGAUAAUGAUCUAAUUGGAGACCAGUGUGAUAACAACCAGGACAUUGAUGAGGAUGGCCAUCAGAAUAACAUGGAUAAUUGUCCCUACAUUGCCAAUGCCAACCAAGCAGAUCAUGACAAUGAUGGCAAAGGAGAUGCCUGUGACCAUGAUGAUGACAAUGAUGGAAUUCCAGAUGACCGGGACAACUGUAGGCUGGUGGCUAACCCAGAUCAACUAGACUUGGAUGGGGAUGGACGUGGUGAUGCCUGUAAGGAUGACUUUGACAAUGACAAUAUCCCUGACCUGUUUGACGCGUGCCCAGAGAACAAUGCCAUUAGUGUCACAGACUUCAGGAAGUUUCAGAUGGUGCACUUGGAUCCUAAGGGAACCAUUCAAAUCGACCCCAACUGGGUGGUCCGGAACCAGGGCAAAGAGCUGGUACAGACUGCCAACUCUGACCCUGGCAUUGCAGUCGGCUAUGAUGAAUUCAGCUCCGUGGAUUUCAGUGGAACCUUCUAUGUGAAUACGGACCGGGAUGAUGACUAUGCAGGCUUUGUGUUUGGCUAUCAGUCCAGCCGACGCUUCUAUGUAGUAAUGUGGAAACAGAUAACACAGACUUACUGGGAGGACAAGCCAUCGAAGGCCUUUGGCAUCUCUGGUGUAUCACUCAAAGUGGUCAACUCCAGUACGGGCACAGGAGAGAACCUGCGCAAUGCCCUCUGGCACACAGGCAACACCAAAGACCAGGUACGAACGCUUUGGCAUGAUCCAAAGAACAUCGGCUGGAAAGACUACACUGCAUACCGCUGGCACCUCAUCCACAGACCCAAGACUGGCUUCAUUAGGGUUGUAGUGUACGAGGGGAAACAGAUCAUGGCAGACUCGGGGCCUAUCUAUGACAAGACCUUUGCCGGUGGUAGACUAGGGUUGUUUGUUUUCUCUCAGGAGCUUGUCUACUUCUCUGACCUCAAAUAUGAAUGCAGAGACAACUGACUUUGAUAUGGAAGCAUCUCCUGCCAUUGACGUAAACCUCAACAGAGCAAGAAUUUCAGAUCAUUGUGGUGCUUUAUCAAUGUAACACAGACCAAAGCACUCACAGGAAAGUCUUCUGAGAACCUGAGUCCUGGUUCGUUUCACUUUAGUGGAAUGCACAGAUUAAUGGACUUCAAGUGCCUUUGACAGUGGAACUGACUCGAUUUGGACACCAACAACACAGAAAGAAACAUCGCAUUCUUUCAAAUGACCCUCUCAGCUUUGUUGCACAAAUACUCUUACUAGUACCAAAUAGAGUCCUGCCUUCUUGAAUAUAAACCUAAGGGUUUGAAUAUUAUCAUUUUUUAAAAAUAUGUAGUCAUGUAGUCUUUUUAUAUGUGUCAUAUUAGUCAUUUUUAAGAGUAGUUUUGCAUCGGUUGCAAGUGUUGAUUGGAGAAGAUGUAUGAUAUUCAGAAUAAUACUAUUUCUACUGUAACUUAUUUGUUUGUUGUGCAAGAAUAUGAAUUAACAAGUUGUUUGUUUUGCUUUUGCCAAUGAUUGUAAAUACUUAUUUAUUUGUUUACACUGACAAACUUUCACAAUUGAAAUGUAAAAAAAAGAUGUUUUACAUCUGUAUUCAAAAUGUAUUCAGUGUUAGAAAUCAAAGUGUCUGUGUUACAUUUCAUACCAGCAAAGACAGAGUAGAGGAUUUUUUUUAGUUAGUCCAUUAGUUAAUGUGUCCUUAAAUUUUAGCCCAGCAAUUUCCUCUCAUUAUGUUGUUUGUUUUCUCUCGUGUUGAGAUGAAAUUGAACUUGAUGUGAAAAUAAUUUCAGUGGUUUGCAGUCGAAAAGAACCUGAAGAGUGUUUAUUUAACAGAGUGAUGUCAGGCAGU